AUGCGCUGUACUGUCUCAACCAAAGUAAAAUUAUUAUUCCUUAGUUUAUUGCUCAUUUUGAUCUGGCAAACAAGCCUAUUCUACUGUGAAAAUCGGUGUCCCAUUCAUGAAAAUGUUGCUCCUAUCAUUAUUGAAACAUCUCUCAGCUCAACACAACUUUAUUCCACUACUCGUUCCAACUUGUCGUCUUCUCCCUCUACAUCAAGUCCUGCAUUUAUGCUGACUUCAAAGAUUUCAAAAUCCAAGAUUAUUCACGCUGCCGUAGUCUUAUCACUUUCUAAACAGACAUCUCAUAUCGCCGAAUUUCAUCUACUCUAUGAAUCAUGGCGCUUCCUGCAAAUAUUUGCUCCACUUUCAGAGCAAGUGAUUGUCGAUUUAAUUGUAUUCUGUGAAAUGCCUAGUUGUUAUCAAUUACCUUUUACAUGUAUACCAAUUUCAUACGGUCACAAAUUGGAUUCGAUUCCGAGAUGUUUUUAUGAAAAACUAGAACCACGAAUUGUCUGGAAUUGGAAAGAUUAUCUUUACAUGACAUCGAUUGCUUUUAUGUUGACGCCUCAAUAUCAACGAGCCACACAAAAUUAUCGGUGGAUAUUGCGAGUUGAUCAAGAUGCUGUACUCAGUCCUGCUCUACUGAUGGGUCUAGCUCGGAAACAUCCAGUCAAACUACUCGAUAUGCAAUUUGGAGGGAUUGGUCAUGGAACUGAGUUUACAAACAAUCGAUUACGUAAAAUUGCUCAAAAACUUGGUUACACACAUGUUGGAAUACAUAAUCUUUGUUCGACCUGGUUAGUUAAUCCACAAGAUUCAAUCCGUAUUGCCAAUUUGACUACACAUAUUGGAAGAUAUUUGCUUCAAAAUGAAUUCGGUCGACAUGUUACCGGCAUCGAAGACUUGCCGGCUAUUGGCGAAUGGCCGAAAUGGUGGCGUGGUGUCACAUCUUUAUAUGCCGGUGAAAUAGCAAUCAAUCAUAUAUAUUCAUCAACGUUGAGUCAUCAACAUGGAUCCACCACAUUAGAUCAUUCAGCAGAUUCGCAAAGUUCUCUGUGGAAUGCUUGGCAUAUUCAUUGUUUACACAAUCCCACGUAUUUUGCGAAAUUUCAACAUCGAAUUGAUCUCUUUUUUUUCGUUCACUACUUUCAAGCUAGUCGAAUUCGAACUAUUAAGAAAUACUAUUCUGUUGAGCUCAUAAUUAAACGAAUAAUCAACGAAUUCGAAGAUAUGUACAUCAGAAAUGAAAAUAUUCAAAGAACGGUUACGGUUCGAGACUAUGUAACCGUCUUAGCCUGGCGAAAAGCGUAUGCAGCAACUGGUGCUAUCAACUUGUAA